AUGCCCGAGACGGAGAGUUACUCCAACCCUCUGGCCCCAGAAGGACAUGAAGUGGACGACCACCGCUCCGCCGCACAGGCCAAACUGACCAACGAUGACUUCCGAAAGCUGCUCAUGACCCCUCGGGCGGCGCCUUCGUCGGCCCCGCCCUCUAAAACCAGGACACAUGAAAUGCCCCGGGACUAUAACGAAGAUGAGGACCCAGCUGCUCGCCGAAGGAAAAAGAAGAGUUACUACGCAAAGCUCCGUCAGCAGGAGAUUGAGAGAGAGAGAGAACUGGCCGAGAAAUACAGGGACCGAGCGAGAGAGCGACGAGACGGGGUCAACAAGGACUACGAGGAGACCGAGCUCAUCAGCACCACUGCCAACUACAGGGCUGUGGGGCCUACUGCUGAGGCGGAUAAGUCUGCGGCGGAGAAGAGGAGGCAGCUCAUUCAGGAGUCUAAGUUCUUGGGAGGAGACAUGGAGCAUACUCACUUGGUGAAGGGACUGGACUUCGCUCUGCUGCAGAAGGUGCGAGCAGAGAUCACAAACAAAGAGAAAGAAGAAGAAGACCUGAUCGAGAAGGUUCAGAAGGAAGUCAAAAAAGAGGUGGAGCCAGAGGAGAAAAUGGAGUUCAAGACCCGCCUUGGGAGGAACAUUUACCGCGUGGUGUUCCGUUCGGGACAGUGUGAGAGGAACGAGCUGUUCCUCCCUGGGAGGAUGGCGUAUGUGGUGGAUCUGGAGGACGAGUUCAUCGACACCGAUAUCCCCACAACUCUGAUCCGGAGUAAAGCCGACUGCCCCACCAUGGAGGCUCAAACCACUCUGACAACCAACGACAUCGUCAUUUCCAAACUCACCCAGAUCCUGUCCUACCUGCGAGCGGGAACCCGAAACAAGAGGCUGAAGAAGAAGGACAAGGGUAAACUGGACGACAAGAGGGCGCCCGAGGCAGAUCUGAGUAUCUUUGAGGACAUUGGAGACUAUGUCCCCACAUCAUCAAAGUCCAGAGACAAAGACCGGCACCGUGAGCGAGAGAGAGAGAGGGAGAGAGAGAGGGAGAGAGAGAAAGAGCGAGAGAGGGAGGAGAAGAGCCGCCAAAGCUACUUUGACAAGACCAGAGGGGCUGCUGACGAGCAGGUGCUGGAUGUGGAGUCAGGUCCUGGUUCAGUCCGAGAUCAGAUCAAACUCAUCAAUGAGAAGUUUGCUGGAGCCGCUGGACCACAAUGGAACCAAGAAGCUGGCUCUCGGAGGGACAGUAAAGAGCAGCUCGGGGAUUUUUUCGGAGGAUCCAACUCCUACGCCGAGUGCUACCCUGCUACGAUGGAUGAUCUGGCUGUGGACAGUGAUGAAGAAGUGGACUACAGCAAAAUGGACCAGGGGAAUAAAAAGGGUCCUCUGGGAAGAUGGGACUUUGACACUCAGGAGGAGUAUUCAGACUACAUGAACAACAAGGAGGCCCUACCCAAGGCGGCAUUCCAGUACGGGAUAAAGAUGUCGGAGGGACGAAAAACGCGGCGAUUUAAAGAAACCAAUGAAAAAGCUGAACUGGACCGACAGUGGAAGAAGAUCAGUGCGAUUAUUGAGAAGAGGAAGAAGAUGGAGGCGGACGGGGUUGAUGUGAAGAGACCAAAGUACUGA